UCCACCACCCCCAAGCCAUCAUUUCUUAGAAACACCAUUCAUCUAAAUAUCUUUCUCCCUGCCCUCACACAUUCAUCAAAGACAAGAAAAUUUAUCACAGCCUUCAUACUGUCAUUCUGAAUUCAAUGAUCAUAUAAUUCAAGAGCAAUGGUAAGAUUGUUCUUGAUGACCAUUACUUUAUGCACUUCAAUUUUUGCGUUCGUUCUGUUCUUCUCAACACAGGAAAAGGAUUCUGAUCAAGUUGUGCUCUUUGAUGAUCCAGGGAACUCCUGUAAACAUCAUAGUUGGAUCCCAUGUCUGGGCUGAGGAUCCUGAAGUUGCCUGGAUAGAUGGAGAAGUUACAGAAAUCAGGGGCAACGAUGCCACCAUAGUCACAACAAGUGAGAAGACGAUAGUUGCACCCAUUUCCAGCAUAUACCCCAAGGACACUGAAGCACCACCAGCCGGGGUCGAUGACAUGACCAAAUUAGCUUACCUCCAUGAGCCUGGAGUACUCUACAACCUUGCAUGCCGUUAUGCUCUAAAUGAAAUAUAUACUUACACUGGGAACAUUCUAAUAGCUGUGAACCCUUUCCGAAGACUUCCACAUUUGUAUGAUGUCAACAUGAUGGAGCAGUAUAAAGGAGCUGCUUUUGGAGAGCUAAGUCCCCAUCUUUUUGCUGUUGCAGAUACCUGUUACAGAUCAAUGAUAAAUGAACAGGGAAGCCAGUCUAUCUUGGUAAGUGGAGAAAGUGGAGCUGGAAAAACUGAGACAACAAAAAUGCUAAUGAGAUAUCUUGCUUUCAUGGGUGGUAGAUCAGGUACUGAAGGAAGAACAGUUGAACAACAAGUUCUUGAAUCCAACCCUGUUUUGGAAGCAUUUGGCAACGCUAAAACUGUGAAAAACAACAACUCAAGUCGUUUUGGUAAAUUUGUAGAAAUCCAAUUCGAUAAGCAUGGAAAAAUCUCUGGGGCUGCAGUUCGAACAUACCUACUUGAAAGAUCACGUGUUUGCCAAGUUUCUGAUCCAGAAAGGAAUUACCAUUGUUUUUACAUGCUUUGUGCAUCACCUCCUGAGGAUGUGAAGAAAUACAAACUUGGAGACCCAAGAACAUUCCACUAUCUGAACCAAACAAAUUGUUAUGAAGUGGCAAAUGUAGAUGAUGCAAGAGAGUAUCUAGAAACCAGGAAGGCCAUGGAUGUUGUUGGGAUACACCAGGACGAACAGGAAGCUAUAUUCCGAGUGGUUGCUGCAAUACUUCAUCUGGGGAACAUUGACUUCAUCAAAGGGAAGGAUGUUGACUCUUCAAAAGUGAAAGAUGAGAAAUCACUCUAUCAUCUCUGGACAGCUGCAGAGUUAUUAAUGUGCAAUGAGAAGGCACUGGAAGACUUGCUCUGCAAGCGUGUAAUAGUAACUCCAGAUGGAAACAUCACCAAACCACUGGAUCCAGCUGCAGCUGCCACUAGUCGUGAUGCUCUGGCAAAGACCAUAUACUCCAGAUUGUUUGAUUGGAUUGUGGACAAGAUAAAUAGCUCCAUCGGGCAAGAUCCUGAAGCAAAAAGCAUAAUAGGAGUUCUUGAUAUUUAUGGCUUUGAAACCUUCAAAAUCAACAGUUUUGAGCAGUUAUGCAUAAACCUGACAAAUGAGAAGUUGCAGCAGCAUUUUAAUCAGCAUGUAUUCAAGAUGGAACAAGAAGAAUACACAAGGGAGGAAAUUGACUGGAGUUAUGUAGAAUUUGUAGACAAUCAAGAUGUUCUGGAUCUUAUUGAGAAGAAACCUGGUGGCAUAAUUGCACUUCUUGAUGAAGCCUGCAUGUUUCCCAAGUCAACUCAUGAGACAUUUGCACAGAAGAUGUACCAGACAUACAAAGCACACAAACGCUUCAGCAAGCCAAAACUAGCUCGAACUGAUUUCACAAUUAAUCAUUAUGCUGGUGAUGUUAUUUACCAAGCAGAUCAAUUCUUAGACAAAAACAAGGAUUAUGUUAUUGCAGAACAUCAAGAUCUAUUGACUGCCUCAAAAUGCCCUUUUGUUGCAAAUCUCUUUCCUUCUUUACCAGAGGAAACAUCUAAGCAAUCCAAGUUUUCUUCCAUCGGUACCCGCUUUAAGCAACAGCUACAAUCUUUAAUGGAAACCUUGAAUACGACAGAGCCACAUUAUAUCAGAUGCAUAAAGCCUAAUGCAGUGUUGAAGCCAGGGAUAUUCGAGAAUUACAAUGUCUUAAACCAGUUGAGAUGUGGGGGCGUCUUAGAGGCAAUUAGGAUAAGUUGUGCAGGAUAUCCAACAAAGAGAACAUUCGACGAGUUUCUUGACCGCUUUGGUAUGUUAGCUCCAGAUGUUCUAGAUGGAUAUGAGGAGAAAUCAGCAUGUAUUGCAAUUUGUGACAGAAUGGGCUUAAAGGGCUAUCAGAUUGGCAAAAGUAAGGUAUUUCUCAGAGCUGGGCAGAUGGCUGAGCUGGAUGCUCGAAGAGCUGAAAUUCUGGCUCUUGCAGCAAGGCGAAUCCAAAGGCAAAUCCGGACACACCUUACCAGGAAGGAGUUCAUUACUCUACGAAAGGCAGCAAUUGAUACCCAAAAACUUUGGAGAGCACAAAUUGCACGUAGACUUUAUGAUUUCAUGAGGAAGGAAGCAGCUUCAAUCCGCAUACAAAAACAUGAACGUGCUCGUGCAGCAAGAAAAUCUUACACAACACUAAAAGCAGCAGUAACAGUCAUUCAAACAGGAAUGCGAGCAAUGGCAGCUCGAAAUGAGUACAGACAGAGGAGACGAAACAAAGCAGCAACUGCUAUUCAGACACAAUGGCGAAGAUUCCAUGCAGUUACUGCCUAUAAUCAGCAAAAGAAAGCAACUCUCACUCUUCAAUGCCUCUGGAGAGCUAGAAUAGCAAGGAAGGAGCUUCGGAAACUGAGAAUGGCUGCAAGGGAAACGGGAGCACUAAAAGAAGCAAAGGACAAGCUAGAAAAACGUGUAGAAGAGCUGACAUGGAGAUUAGAAUUCGAAAAGCACUUAAGGAUUGAUCUCGAAGAAGCCAAGGGACUAGAGAUUACCAAAUUACAAAAUACAUUGCAGGAAAUGCAAGCACAACUAGAUGAAGCACAUGCGGCAAUCAUACAUGAAAAAGAAGCAGCAAAAAUAGCAAUUGAGCAAGCCCCACCAGUCAUCAAAGAGGUACCAGUUGUGGACAACAGCAAGGUAGAGAUGUUGACAGACCAAAAUAAGGAACUUCAGGAAGAGAUAGCAGAAUUAAACAAAAGGGUAGCAGAAUUUGAGCAGACAUACUCUGAAGUGCAGAAAGAGAGCCAGGCCAGACUUAGAGAGGCAGAGGAGUCACAACUCAGGGUUUUGCAACUUCAAGAGACAAUUGGAAGACUAGAGCUCAACUUAUCAAACCUUGAAUCCGAGAAUCAGGUUAUCCGCCAACAGGCUUUAGCUGCGCCAGCUACUGAGGAAUUUAUUGAAGAAAUGGAAAUACUCAAGAGAAAGAUCAGUGACUUGGAGUCAGAAAAUGAAACCCUUCGCAGCCAAAAUGUUGUGGUGGAGCCAACAUCAAUUUCUGAUGGGGAAUGUUCCACAGUAAAGAGUUUGGACAAUGGAUUGAAGAUCAGUAAUGGACCUCAAACAGAGGAAGAUCACGAAAGGAAAAUGCCUGAACAACAAUUAGCCAAGGAUUCCAGCAAUGUUGUUCCCUUCCUGACUAAACAAAGAUCCCUUACAGACAAGCAGCAGGAAAACCAUGAUAUCCUGAUCAAAUGUCUCAUGGAAGAUAAGAGAUUUAGCGAAAGCAGACCAGUUGCUGCCUGCAUUGUGUACAAAGCACUACUUCACUGGAGAUCCUUCGAAGCAGACAAGACAACAAUAUUUGACAGGAUUAUUCAUACUAUCCGAUCAUCAAUAGAGGAUCAGGACAACUCUAAAGUUCUAGCAUAUUGGUUGUCAACCACUUCAACUCUUUUGCUUCUGGUGCAACAUACAAUUAAAGCAAGUAAUACACCAAAUAUAGUAUCUCAUCGUAACAGGAGUCCGCCCAGCACUUUCUUCAGAAGAAUGGCACAGGGUUUUCGUGAACCUUCAAUAAGGACAGAAACUUCAAGCGGUUACAGCGGAAUGGAAGGAAACUCAAAUAUGCGAUCUAGAAUAGAAGCUAAAUACCCGGCCCUGUUGUUUAAGCAACAUCUUACUGCAUGUGUCGAAAAAAUAUAUGGCAUGAUCCGUGACAACUUAAAGAAAGACAUUGGUCCUUUCCUCAACUUAUGUAUACAAGCACCAAGAUCUGCAAGGACCAGAGUGCUGAGAGGGUCGUCUAAAACUAUCCAUUCCAAUUCCAUUGCAAAGCAACAGGCGUCCAAUGUACACUGGCAAAAUAUUGUCAACAACUUGGAUCAUACCUUAAGCAUACUCUCUGAAAACAAUGUCCCUUCUGUUCUUAUAAGGAAGAUUUUCAAUCAGGUCUUUUCCUUCAUCAAUGUUCAGCUCCUCAACAGUUUAUUGCUCCGUCGUGAGUGUUGCUCAUUCAGCAAUGGGGAAUUUGUGAAGGCAGGUUUGCAAGAGCUGGAAAAUUGGUGUAUUAAAGUAACAGAAAAGUUCACUGGAUCAUCUUGGGAUGAACUUCAGCACAUAAGGCAAGCAGUGGGGUUCUUGGUUUCACAUCAAAAGGCUCAAAAGUCCUUGGAGGACAUGACGAACGAAAUAUGUCCGAUGUUGAGCAUCGCGCAAAUAUAUCGCAUCGGGACAAUGUUCUGGGAUGACAAAUAUGGAACACAUGGCUUGUCUCCAGAAGUAAUUGGCAAGAUGAGAGCAUUAACAGUGGAAGAUUCAACAAUGUCAAACAAUAUUUUCUUGCUUGAUGUGGAUUCAAGCAUACCUUUCUCCGUUGAAGAGAUAUCACAAUCCUUCCAUGAUAUGAGGCUGUCUGAUUUGGAUCCACCUUUGCUCCUUCGCCAAAGAUCUGAUUUCCAUUUUCUAUUGCAGCAAACAGAUUAAGAGUUUUCUUGUCUCAUCUACACGUUUCUUUACUGUUGACUGAGAGCAGUUAGAGCAGCCACUGGAGGUAUACCAAUUUAGUUGCCAUUUUGUUUCAAUUAUUCAUUAAUUUUUUUUUUUUGGUGGUGAGUGAUGAGAAAUCAAAUGUAAAAUUUGCCUUCUUUUAGAUUUUUCUUUAGCUCAGCUGGAAUUAGGAAAAUAGUAUCACAUUUUUUGAAUUGCAGUAGUGCUCUUGGACUGGGUUAUUGUAAAGACUGAUAUAAAGCAGGGAAUUAUUUAAAUAUAUUGGCAGAGAAAAGCACAUUGGUAUUAUUUCAUCAGUGCA